CUCCGCCAUGCACUUCCGGGUCACGGGAAGAGGUCAGUCGGAAGGGGAAUGAGAAAGAUGGUGGCGCGGAGGACGCGGGCGGCGGCCAAGGCCGACGAAGCUGCCGCAGGAGGAGGAGAAGGCGAAGCGGUGCCCGCCGCCGUUUCUUCUUCAGAAGGCGAGGAAGCGGGCGGGGACGAGGAGGCGCCCGAGGAAGUGACCUUCGAAAGCGCGCGGGUGGCCGCGGAGGAAGCGCGCCGGUCGGCGGGGGAGCGCGCCCGCCGAGAAAAGGCUAUCUUGAAAGAAAAGAGACGGCAAAGAGAAGAACUAUUUAAGGAACAAAAGAAAAGAAAGCUGCUUCCUGAAAAUGUGUUAGAGGAGUUGGCUUCAUCCACACAGGAAAGCAGAAACCAGCCAUGUGACACACCUGAAAAUGAUAAGUCACAGGAUGUUGAGGGUGAGUCUGAAACUGAACAUACAAAGGAAGAUGAAGAAGAAGAAACAGUAGCUACUAGGCUCCAAGAAAACUAUAUGGCUGUGAGGUUAAAGGAUCGGGAUUUAACCAACAAGCAACAGCAAGGAGCUAAAAACUUUGUACAGAGACUCCUAUAUGGAGCUGGCUCCAACCGAACUACUGCAAAUCAGUAUUUUUCUGUUGAAAACAAGAAAAGGGCAGUUAAAAAAGCUGCAGUCCAGUUUGUGAGUAAUUCCUGGGGUAAAACGAAGAAACAAAAAGCUAAGCGAUUCACAAAGCACUGGGUGUCAUCAAAAAUAACCCCAUGAAACCUUGACUGCAUUUUGUUAUGGAACAUAAUAAUAAAAAUUUAAUUAUUGUUUUUAUAUUAUGCAAAACUGUUUAGGUGAUUUUUCUUAUAACUGUAUAUAUACGUUACACUCUUAUAGGAUACUGCAUGUGCUCCUUCUAGAUAAUAUGUUGUCAUUUCAGCUAUACAUCCUAAUUAAAUAUUAUUGUGUGCCCCUCAA